AGGGGCUCGACGAUUGAGACGCGUUGUGGGUUGUUCACUUGCCGAUCUCACGGAAGCAAAAAAGAUCUCCUUCAAAAUUCCUUCUCCUCAGUCGAGAAAAGGAUUUGCCAGAUUUGUGGAAACCAACCACAUCCGAGAAAAUCGCUAAUCGAAAGUAAAGUUCUUAGCUUGGGUCUGAAACCUUGGACAUGAGAAGCGGAGCCGUAAGAAAUCCUGGGAAUUACAAGAACCCUUGUUUGACCAUGCAUCAACCAUGGGCUUCGCUUUUGGUUUACGGUAUCAAGCGAGUCGAAGGAAGGUCUUGGCCUGCGCCGAUUCGAGGCCGUCUAUGGAUUCACGCUGCUAGUAAAGUCCCGGAUGAAGCUACAAUCAAAGCGAUGGAAGAGUUCUACCGAGAAAUUUAUGCAGUCAAUGGGGUCACUGAUAUUAACUUUCCGGAACAUUAUCCAGUUUCAAGGCUCCUAGGAUGCGUGGAGGUUGUUGGCUGUGUUAAAUGUGAAGAACUUCAGAAUUGGGAGGCUUUACCCGAAGGGGUGAGGCUAGAAGGGCAAACAGAUUUUUGUUGGCUAUGUGAGAAGCCACAGAAGUUGAUAAUCCCUUUUGAGAUGCGCGGGUUCCAGGGCGUUUAUAACUUGGAAAAGAAGAUCUACGAAGCUGCGGUCAGAGGUCUUGCUCCUGUCCAAGGGCCUUUUAAUGUGAAAUUCCCACUUCCCGAUCCGAAAGAUCCAUUUUCUUUAAAACCGGGUUCUAUUUCUAUCACAAUCCUAGAGAAGACACAGAUCAAGGUUGAAAAGUCCAAUAGUCUCACAGCUGCAAUUGCUGGUGCACGAGCAGCGGCUACACAAUUCUCGAGAAAGGGUCAGAAUCUCCAGCCGAAUGCUGUCCAAGAUAAUGCCCGUGAUUACGUUACAGGAAGCAAGAGCAAAUCUAUCGAAGAGAACACACAAUCAGCGGGUGUAGGAUGUAGCGAAAGCAGCAACAAAAACAAGAAUUUGGAUAAUUUAUCAAUGGAAGAUGAUCAAACACUGACGGUGAACUAUGAUGUGGGAUCUGAUAAACGAACUGCAGUAACAAAGAGGAAGGAGCAGAAGAUUUCCGGUGAAUUUCAACGAAGCAGAAGGGUUGAUCCCAUAAUCUCAGAUCAGAUUCCUGGCGCUGCUAGGAUUAUGGCUGCAGCAAUAAGGAACUUGAAGCCAUCUUCAUGAUGAUAUCAUGUAACUGCCGUACAAUGGGCAUUAUUGUACUAUACCCUUUUUCUUAGUCUUUUCAAAGUUCUGUUCUUGUACAAUAUCUUUAGCUAUCAUAA